AUGCCCUCCGAGCGAGAGAGCACCGCUCGCGCUGUAAUAAUUGCUGAACUCGCAUCUCGACCUUACUGGCACCGACUCUGGAUCGUACAAGAAUGUGCGUUGGCCACUGACCUAUUCAUCCUCUGCGGAAACUCCAUCGCCAAAGCCUCGACUUUAUGGCAUCACAAGACUGUGUUCAACUACACCGGUGAAGAAGCAAUGUGGACUGUUCUCGGCCUCAAAAGCGGAGAGAUGGUAUCUUUAAGCUUGCAAGACGCUGUCAUUAAGUUUCGAGACUGGCCUUGCUUCGACCCGCGAGAUCGUAUCUAUGAUCUUGCCGCUCUGAUCAAGUGGCCAUCGAGGAGGCAAAUCGCCAUAGAUUACAACACCUCCAGUACCGACUUAUGUCGACAGGCCAUGACGUAUUGCAAUGACUCGCGAGGUUUCGAUGCUUUGCUGCAGACUUUGGGUCAACGUAGUGAGGCAUCGUUGGAACUUGCCGGCAUAGCGUUGUGCAAGAGCAUGCAGGACUUUCGCACCGUUUGCCGGCUUCUUAGUCUGACCAAAACCGAUGAUCAAGAUACGAUCCAGGCUGCCAUGACUUUCUUUCGGAGUAUCAGAGAAAUAAAGGACCUGGAAAUUGUCGCGCAAUUCAAAAUUACAAUCCAAGAACGCAUGAAGCUGGCGUGGGAAAAGCUAUCCCUUUGCUCUGGUGGCGCAGACGUUCGCACACUUGUACAGACGCUUGAUGUUGCAGCUGCUGUUGAUCUGGCAUUUAUCCAGGCUGCCAUGCUACGAAUCGAGCGUGACUGGGACCGCUUGAAGAGAGCAUUCCUUCUAAGCUCAUCGUGGGUAUCAGAUUACGAUCGACUGCAUCUGUGCACAAAGCUUGUCCACCCUGCGAAGAGCAAGCAUCGCUGGUUCAUAACGUGGGACUGGCCCACAGAAUCGACCGCAACUCCCAUGGAGCUUUACUUCACGACGGAGGAGUUUCUGCUUCUCGCUACUUCCAGUAACAUUCCUGGUCGACCUCGAUACGCUUGCAAUCAAAAUGUGCGAUCUUUCGUCAAGCUUGAGGAGGCUUGGGUGAAAGACGAGUCGUUCUCGGAGCAGCAGGCCAUGUGUGAUUCUAUACACGAGAAUCCCUAG